AUGGUACAAAGAAAAGGAGGCCGCUUUGGAAUUGAAACCAAUCAAACUCUCAAAUACAAUUCAUACAUCAAUAAGCUCGUUAAAGGCGGAGGAGAAGUUUAUGAAUGGCGAGACUGCUACUUCAAGUAUCCUUGCCUUCAAAAUGACUCGAUCGGAGUGAGUGUUCCAUACUCAUUAGAUCGUCACAAAAGAUGGGAGAUGUUGGAAUCACCUCAAGUGAAGGAAUUACUUACAAAGCAUGAAUAUGAUCCUUCCUAUGCUUCGAAAUCAGUUGCUGUGAAAUCUCGAGUUGGUCAAAAUCGAAAAGAGAAAAUCGAGCAAUUUGAAACAAAAUGUGAAAAUAAGCACAAACACAUUCGAAGACAAUACGAAAAGGAACAACGAAAAUUAAAAAUUGAACAAAAGAUCAUGGAAGAGAAACAACAACAAGAAAAAGAAUCCAAUCCCACCGCUGAUCAUUUCGAAAGCAAAUCCAAGUCACAUCCAAAACGAAGCAAAAGACAGGACGAAGACAAUUGGGAGGAUGAGUUUGAAGAAGAAGAGCCCAAUGUUGUUUUGCAUGAAGAUCAUUCAAAUGUUCCAAUAUGUUCGCGAAUCAAUAAUCAGUGUGAAUUAGGGACCUUGGAAGUCUACGUCCCCAACAGGGAAAAGAUUUGGAAAACAAAUCAAUUCCGAGAUCGAGAACAUUAUUACUCAAACAAAGAAACUCAACCAAGAAACCAAAAGAAGAAGGAAUUUAGAGAUAGUGUCUUUCUGUAA